GGAGGAACAAGAGCAUUGCAAUCACAAUAUUCACACUACCUCAACCAGAUUACUGAUAUCAGCAGCUGAGAAGAGUGGACCCUGUCGUGCUUGUGAGAAAGACCAGGUGCAGCAGUCGCUAUGGGCUUCACUGUCUGUGUGUGUGUGCUAUCUGCGGUGAUGCUGAUGAUGGGUGAACUGUCAGCAGUACAAGCUGUAUUCUACCCGUAUGGACACGGUGACAUAGUGAAUAGUCGUGUGGAUGAUGGGAGUUCCUCUGUGAUCAGCCUGCUUCGACCAUUCACAUUCUUUGGAAACACAUUCCAACAGAUGUUUGUGAACAACAAUGGCCACCUCACCUUUAACUCUGCCUGGUACAGCUACACCCCUUUCCAGUUCCCAGCAUACGGGAACAGAGAUAUCAUUGCCCCAUUCUGGACCGACCUUGACAACAGAGGCAACGGCAACAUAUCCUACCGGCAGUACACCAGUGGCAGCGUUCCCCAGCAAGCCACUACGGACAUUAACCAGUACUUCCCUGGGUUGAGCUUCUCAGCUUCCUGGGUCUUUGUUGCAACAUGGGACGGAGUGGCAUACUAUCCCUAUUCAGGAACAGAAACAUCAUUCCAAGUGGUUCUGAUCUCUGGUGGUCAAUACACAUUUGUACUGAUGAACUACGGUGUCAUUGCCCCCCGAAGUAGUGUUCAGGCUGGCUAUGACACAGUCAACUCUGCUCAUCAUUUUUCAAUUCCUGGAUCUUUCAUGACCAACAUCACAAAUAUAACAUUCUCAAGCAAUGUUAACAUACCGGGUCGCUGGGCCUUCAGAACAGAUCAUGGUUCACGGGACUGUCAAUACAAUGGCUCACUUGUGCAGGUAGGGGACUCUUUCUGGACAGAUGGCACCUGUCAGCAGAGAUGCACCUGCGUCAGUGGAGGCCUCCUCCAGUGCCAGCAGCAGCCCUGCAGCUUCUCCCAGGCGUGUCGUCCAGCAUCCUUCCAGUACUCCUGCCAGAAUAUUCAGCGCCGCACCUGCACCAUCUCUGGAGACCCCCACUACUACACCUUUGAUGGGAAAGUCUUUCACUUCCAGGGAACCUGCACAUACGUCCUCUCAGAGGCUUGUGGCAAUGGACUGCCGUACUACCGGAUUGAAGGGAAGAAUGAACAUCGGGGCAGCACACAUGUGUCUUGGACUCGUCUUGUAAGAGUGUGGGUUUAUGAUGAGGAAAUUGAACUUGUGAAAGACCAUCGUUACCAAGCAAUGGUAAAUGGAAGCUUUGUGUCGACCCCAUUUACCCUCCGACAUGGGUCCAUCCGAGUCUACCAAUCAGGUUUCUCUGUGGCUGUGAGUACAGACUUUGGCCUGCUGGUCACCUACGAUGCCAAUCACUAUGUCAGAAUCUCAGUACCCUAUGAGUACCAGAACGCAACCUGCGGCCUGUGUGGCAACUUCAACCACCACCCUCAAGAUGACUUCAGAACCCGCGGUGGGCAGCUUGUGAGCUCAGACGUGGAGUUUGCUAACAGCUGGAAGGCGGAAGGGGACACUGACCCUAGCUGCCAGGACGUGCGAUGUGCAGGACUUGCUUGUGCUGCCUGUACCCAUAGUCAAAGGACUCUUUAUGGAAACACAGCCCACUGUGGUAUCUUAAGCAACAGUGUCGGCCCGUUUGCCUCCUGUCACUCUGGGCUGUCUCCACAGACCUUUGUAGAAAACUGUGUGUAUGAUCUGUGUGUGGGUGAUGGCUACCAGCCCAUUCUCUGCCAAGCACUCAAUGUGUACGCUUCCCAGUGCCAACAAGAAGGCAUCCAGUUGGGCCAGUGGAGAAGUCAGGGAUUCUGUGAAAUCCCUUGUCCCACCAACAGUCACUUUGAGUCUCAAGGAACUGGGUGCCCUGCAACCUGCAGCAACCCCAACGCCCCCCAGAAUUGCCCUCUGCCCAACCAGGAGAGCUGCAUCUGCAAUGCUGGCUAUGUGCUAAGCGGUGGGGAAUGUGUUCGGCAGAAUGACUGUGGCUGCACCUUCGAGGGGCGGUACUACACAGCUGGGGAAACAGUGGUGCUAGACCAGGACUGUGGGAGGCGUUGCCACUGUACUCAAGGGUCAAUGACCUGCCAGGCACACAGCUGCAGUGAGCUUGAGGUGUGUGGGGUCCAUGGUGGUGUGCGGGGCUGCAGACCUGUCAGCUACUCCACCUGCUGGGUGGAGGGCUUUGGGUCUUACCGCACUUUUGAUGGACAGACCUUCAACUACCCAGGUGCCUGUAGUCUGACACUGGCUAGGGUCAGGGGACCAUCACAAUUACCUCACUUUCAAGUAACUGUUGAGAAAGUUCCCACAGGCCCAAGAGAUUUUGUCAGACAUCUGCAGUUUGAAGCAGGAGGAACACAAGUCUCGGUGGAGAUGGGAGAGGGGGGCACAACUAAGGUGGAUGGGCAAACAGUGGGCCUUCCGUUCAGCGUUGGUCCCGGUCAUAUUCGCAUCUACCACAGCAGUGUAAAGGGUGUUGUCAUAGAGACCAACUUUGGAGUGUUGGUGAGAGCUGACUGGCCACACGUCAUCCGCAUCACCGCUCCAGGCAACUACAACGGCACUCUAGGAGGCCUGUGUGGAAAUCUGAAUGGAGACCUUCAUGACGACUUCUUCUCCCCAACUGGAAUCCCCCUUAACGACUCUCAGCAGUUUGGGGACAGCUGGAGAGAUGGCUCCCUGUCAACACACUGUGUAGAACCUCAGGUCUGGGAACCCGGACACUACCCGAACACCAGCCAGUUUAGGGACCUCUGCGGCAUCAUGGGAUGGGCACAUGGGCCUUUUGGCCAGUGCCAAGCAAGUCUUGACCCCUGGAGCCGAAUUGAAGACUGUGUCCAGACUCUAGUGAGGACGCAAGGUGCUCAGGAGGGACUGUGCGAAGCACUGCGUGGAUACGCACUGCUUUGCCAACAGAGUGGCAUCAUAGUUGGGGAAUGGAGGAACAUCACUAACUGUGAUGCAACCUGCCCAACUAACAGCCAUUAUGAGCAAUGCGGUACGUCCUGCCCAGCUUCCUGCCCAAGCCUGUCUUUCCCCUUCCUGUGCACCCAGCAGUGCCAGGAGGGGUGCCAGUGUAAUGACGGGUUCCUCCUGAGUGGGGAUCGCUGUGUGCCACCCACGGGUUGUGGCUGCCACCACGGCGGGCGUUACAGACAGAGUGGAGAGCGCUACUGGUACGGUGAGGAGUGCCAGUUCCAGUGCCAAUGUAAUGGUAUUACUGGGCAGUCACAUUGCACCGCCUCUUCUUGUGCUGCUCAGGAGUCUUGUCGAGUCGUGGAUGGACAGUAUGGCUGCCAUCCCAAACCUGAGGCCACCUGCUCGACCUCUGGAGACCCACAUUACACCUCCUUCGACAGACGCAGCUUUGACUUCCAAGGCACUUGUCGUUACGUCCUGGCAUCAGUUUGCAAUGGAACACAAGAUCUACCUCACUUUCAGGUGGAGGCCAGGAACGAGGCAUGGAAUGGUCUGCAGGUCUCCAUCACUGUGGCUGUUUACGUCAAUGUGUCUGGACAUCUCGUGUACAUCUCAAAAUACAACCAGGGGACUGUGCAGGUGAAUGGGGAGACAAGAAACUUGCCGAUUGUUCUUGAUCAGGGAAGAGUGUCAGUGUAUGCCAAUGGGCUUCACACAUUUGUGAAAACAGACUUUGGUCUAACUGUCAGUUAUGACGGUGGGUGGGUGUUGGACAUCACAGUACCGUCCAACUACAGUGGAGCUACAUGUGGCUUGUGUGGCAACUUCAACGGCUUCCAAGGUGAUGACUUCACGGUCCAUAACGGCAGUUCAGGCUCUGUUGCCCUCCCUGUCUCUGAGUUUGGGGACUACUGGAAGGUUGAUGAUGGCAUUCCCUGUACUGGAGGAUGUGGAAACUCCUGCCCAGUGUGCCAAGAUGACUCGACAGCCCGUGCCAUGUGUGAGCUACUCAGAGCUAGCAAUGGACCACUGAGCUUCUGCCAUUCCCAUGUGGAUCCCCAGCAAUUCUUCAACGACUGUGUGUUUGACGUGUGCUUGUCUGGGGACAGAAACGAGGUCCUCUGCCGUGCAAUGGAAGCAUAUGUCAGCGCAUGCCAAGCGGAAAAUGUCAUCGUUUACCCCUGGAGACAAAACUCCACCUGCCAAAUGGAGUGUCCAGAAAACAGCCACUACGAUCUGUGUGGUACAGAAUGUGGGCACACCUGUGCCAGCAGCAUUGAUGCCAGCUGUGACAGGACGUGUGCUGAGGGCUGUUUCUGCGAUGAUGGAUUUAUGAGGAGCGGGGGGCGCUGUGUGCCUGUGGAGCAGUGUGGCUGUCUUCGUGACGGCUUCUACUUUGAUAUUGGAGAACAGUUCUGGACACAAGACUGUUCGCAGCGCUGUGAAUGUUUUGCCCCCAAUGACCUUCGCUGUAUCCAGUCCUCUUGCCCUCCAAGUCAAGAAUGCUCUGUCAAAGAUGGCCACCGGGGUUGCCAUGGUCACCUGUCAACCUGCACAGUGUGGGGAGACCCUCACUACUUCACCUUUGAUGGGGCUGUGGCUCACUUUCAGGGCACCUGUGCUUAUGAGAUUACCCACACCUGUGGCAAUAUGAGUGAUAAUGCCCUGGCCUUCCGUGUAGUAGCCGCUAACAGGCACCGUGGCAACUUAGUUGUGUCUUUUGUGUCCACUGUGGAUGUGUGGCUCUCUCAGGGAGGAGUUCAAAGCCACAUCAGCAUAGGACAGAACAGGAGAGUCAAGGUUGAUGGUCAAGAUAACAAUGCAAACAGCAUUCAGGUUGGCUCCCUGGCGCAGUUGACUCGUGAGUCAGGAUUUGUGGUUGUGAAUGCCUCAGGAGAGCUGGUGGUCCAGUUUGAUGGUCGUAGUAGACUGCUAGUCAGACUGAGUCCAGAUUAUCACCAAUCUGUAUGUGGAAUGUGUGGCAAUCACAAUGGCAACCCAGCAGAUGACAAAGUUCUGCCCAAUGGCACUCUGGCCCAGACUGACAAUGAAUUCGGUCAAAGUUGGAAAUCAGAUGCAAGCAGUCCUGGAUGUGGAGCCAGUGACCGAAUUGGAGAUGACACAUGCGUAUUUGAAGCAGAAUACACUGAUCUGUGCAGCAUCAUCACCAACAGCAGUGGCCCAUUUCAGCAGUGCCACCUACAUGUUGACCCACAGGCCUACUUCACUUCCUGUGUGUACGAUCUCUGUGCCUACACACCAGCCAAUGACAUGCUGUGCUCAGCAGUGGAGGCCUAUGAGACAGCUUGCAAUGUGCUGGGGCUCCACACACCAGAAUGGCGUUCUGCACUGCAUUGCUCUGCGGUUGACCCUUGUGAAGAGCUGGACUGCACUGAGGAUGAGUGGUGUGGCCAGAAGGAUGGAGUCUACGGCUGCUUCUGCAAUGAGGAUCACCCGAGACCUCAUCCUGAGUGCUAUGACUCUGUGGAGUUUUGUUCCAGCAGCACAGGCACCAUGUCUUUGUCUCGCUGCCAGCUGUUUGAGGCAGGCUUCUUGGCUGACUCCCUCCGCCUCAAUGACCCCCGCUGCAACGGCACACUCCAAGAUGGCAGAGUGGAGUUCCUCUUCGACAAUGACAACCACAUUUGUGGGACCUCACUAAGGAGUAACAGCACCCACUUCAUCUAUGAGAACACCAUCCAUGGGGAGGCCAACUCAGCCAGCGGUCCCAUCAGCAGAGAGAGACAGAUAGACCUGCUCUUCUGCUGUGUCUACCCCCUCACACAGACCCUCUCCAUGAAUAUAGAAAUCAACCCACUGGAGAGCCAAAUUACUAAGAAGCUACCAGGAGGGGAAGGAAGCUACCAUGUCCGUAUGAUUCCCUAUGAAGAUGCAGGAUUCUCCCAUGCAUUCUCUGGAAGGGUGAAUGUGGAAGUAAAUCAGCAGAUCUACGUGGCUGUUCAAGUGGAUGGAGUAGAUAGCCGCCAAAUCGCCAUGGUGAUUGAUUCCUGCUGGGCCACUCCUGUCAAUCAGCCAAACUGCAACAUCCGAUGGGACCUCAUCAGAAACGAGUGUGCUAACCCCAAUGACAACACAGUGGAGCUGGUGGAGAAUGGGGUCAGCACAACAGGCCGAUUCUCCUUCAGGAUGUUCACCUUCCAUGCAAACUCCUCCAGGGUUUACCUGCACUGCAGCAUCCACCUGUGCUUGAUGGCAAACAACGACUGCACAGCUCACUGUUACCCAGGUUACCAUCAGAGGCAUCGUCGUUCUGUUGAUUUCCAUGACAGCGCCUCCAUCUCACUGGGGCCUCUGGCUUUGGCCAAUGGCAAUAAAGAGGGGAGAAACGUGUUUGUCCCGCAAGCUGCGAGGGUGUCUAAGGCCUCGGGUCUGACGGCAUCUCUGAUGGUCCUGCUCCUGUCUGUUCUCCCUCUCAGGGCUCUGCUCAUCUAACACAACACAGCUACCCAACUGCUACACAACCACCUGGUCUGACACACACACAGGGGAACAAAUAUGCUUAAUUGUCUUUAUAAACACGGUUGUGACACUUAGUGAACAGUAACUACAGUAAUGGAACGGACAUAUGGAAGGACCGAUAGAAGAGUCUGGUAUUCUAAUUAAACUAUUAUACGCAUGGUGAUUUAUAAUUGCUUAGGGGUUUUCUGCCACUUUCAUUUGCGGAAGUUUCAACUUUUUAAGAUUUAAAGAUUUUGUGAUGAUAUAUGGGCUAAUAUGCGGUGUUUUAGAUCUGUCUUGGUCAUUAUAAGGGCUAACUUUGUAUGCUCCAUCAGUUUAGGCUACCCAUGUAUGUAACACUUAUAUGAUGCAUUAAAAUGGUAUGAUUUUAUGAUGCAAUGAAAUUUGCAUCUUAUAUUGCCAUAUGAAUAAAAAUGUAAAAAACAUU